ACCUAAUUAAAACGACAUCAUGCCUCCGAAAAAGAAAGGCACAAAGUCUUCAAAGGGAAAGAGCAGCACUGUAGUCGAUGGACUUUCUACAGAGGACAUGUCGAAGGAGCAGCAUGUUAGGAAGUUCGAGUCAGAGCACAGGGUCAGCUAUGAUACAGCGCCCCUGGAGCAGAGAGGGUUAAGGGCCUUGCUCGAGGGCCCAAGAGUGGCAGCCUGGCAGCGCAGGGACUUGAACCCCCGACCUUCUGAUCAGUAACCCAGAGCCUUAACCGCCAAGCCACCACUGUCCCGAGUGUAGAGCUGGAAGAACACAUUAUCCGGCUGCGUGAGGAGCUGGACCGGGAGCGAGAAGAGCGCAAUUACUUCCAGCUGGAAAGAGAUAAGAUACAUACCUUUUGGGAGAUCACCAAAAGACAACUAGAGGAGAAGAAAGCUGAUCUAAGGAACAGAGACAGAGAAAUGGAAGAAGCUGAAGAAAACCAUCAAACUGAGAUCAGGGUGUAUAAGCAGAAGGUUAAACACUUGCUGUAUGAACAGCAAAAUAGCAUUUCAGAGCUUAAGACAGAGGGAGUGGUUGCCACCAAACUCUUGGAGAAAGAGCAGGCAGACCUGGAGAAUGAGCUGUGGAGAGGCAUGCGCAGCCUGAAAGUGGAUGUAAAAGAACAGGAGCUCUCCUACGAGAACUACAUCAAGAACCUGAAACUGAGCCACGAUAAGGAGAACACCAAGCUGAGAAGUGAAUUUGAGGAAAAAGUACGAGAAAUCGAGGCUACAUAUGAGAAGAAGAUGCAAAAACAGCGACAGGAGCAAGACCUGAGGCGCAAGACUGAAAUCCAUGAGAUCGAGCAAAGGAAGAGCAUCCACAUUAACACGCUGAUAAAGAACCACGAGAAAGCGUUCAGCGAUAUUAAGAACUAUUAUAGUGACAUCACUCUCGGGAGCUUCAACCAAAUCAGCUCGCUUAAGGAGCAAGUGGCUGACAUGAAGAAGAAGGAGGAGAGGUUGGAGAAGGAGAUGGCCGAGGUGCUGCAGCAGAACAAGCGUCUGACGGAGCCACUGCAGAAAGCCACGCAGGAAGUGUCAGAGCUGCAGAAACAGCUCGCCAACUAUAAGAAGGACAAAGCCUUACUGGCUGGAACAAAAGCACGUCUCAAAGUGGCAGAUAAAGAACUGAAGGACCUGAAAUGGGUGCAUGAAGUGCUGGAGCAGAGAUUCAGUAAGGUGCAGCAGGAGCGCGAUGAACUGUACCAGAAGUUCACCAAGGCCAUCCUGGAGGUGCAGCAGAAGAGCGGCUUUAAGAACCUGCUUCUAGAGAGGAAACUGGAAGCUCUUGCAGACACCCUGGAGAAGAAAGAGGCACAGCUUAAUGAGGUCCUUGCUGCCUCUAAUUUAGAGCCCAGUGCCCUGAACGUGGUCACUCGCAAACUGGAGGAAGUGCUGGACUCGAAAAACGUUGCUAUUAAAGAUCUGCAGUAUGAACUGGCUCGUAUGUGUAAGGCGCAUAACGACCUGCUGAGGACUUAUGAGGCGAAACUGAAGGCUUUCGGCAUCCCCGUAGACGAACUGGGCUUUAAACCUCUGGAGAGCAGUUUACUAAAACAGACCCUAGGUCAGGGACCAGCCGGCCUGGUGUCUGCCCCUCUCUAACCUCACGACCUUAUUACUUAUCGACACAAAAAUCAUGGAGGUGUAAACUUUUGAACUUGACUGAAUUACGAGUCUAUACGUGCAUUUAGAACUUGGAUUUUUUUUUUUUUUUUUUUUAACUGUGCAGGACUGUCCCUUCGAGAACUCCCUUCUUAAUCGUUUCUCUUCGCAAAUCUGAAACACACUACAUUCCCCUUUGUCAUUUAUCAGAGAUACAUCAUCAAAGCAAAAAGUCCGUCUGUAUCUAUGCAGUAAAACUGUGCUUAAAAAGAUUAUGCUGAGUGGAACAGGUGACCGGUUCUGGUGUAAUAGAUACUCAUGUGGCCCCUAAUGAUGCCUGCUCUGUUGGGCCAUGAUUGUUUUGCUAGUCAGCACAGGCUAAAAGCAUAUCAUUAUCCUGCGCUGCUCUUUUCACUGAGCCAAUCCUGGAGAAAAUUAGAUGUCAUGGACAUGAAGAAGGGGUGCGGGACGCGUGUAACCAUAGAGACCUGGCCCUGUGUGGCGGGAGCCGCACCAGGAGGAGGGAAAGCGGCCUUACGAUCAGGCUAUAAAGAGGACAUGGGAUCGACUCUUCCUGUGCCAUUACACCAUGACUCCUACACAUGACUCAAGAUGAUUGCAAGCUUUGGAAAUUCAGUCUUGAGAUCUGAAGGACAACAGAUAGCAGCUUCUCCUUACAUAGUUUUAAGUCAGAAAAGCUGUGGUUUGAAUGAUUAGCAUAAAAUAGCAAUAAAAUGAUUCAUUCGUUUAUACCGAUAGGAAAUGUGCGAUAAGUCGAUUUCCAUUCUGCCGGUGGAAUGCAACGCCAGUCUGCUGCUAGAAAGGGUUAAACUACUUCAGUAUGUGCAGUUGUGUAGUAAAGUCGACACCUGUGGACUCGUCUAGUAAAAGUAUUUCAGCAACGUUCCCCUCUUUAUAUUACUGUCAGUUCUAAAGAUCAACAAAUACUGAUUCUGCUACUCUGUAUGCUGCAUAUAGUGCAUUUGUCAGAUUUGCAAAACCUUUGCCGUUGGAAAUACACAUUUAAAAAAAAUAAACAUAUA